AUGGACAAGAGAAAGGAAGAACUAGCCAGAAAACGACAGAAAUUGGCCGAGUUGCGCAGGUUGAAGGAAGAAAGAAACAAGGUCGCUCCAGAAAAAGACCCUGCGCUCGCAGCUGAAGCUCCUCGUUCCCGGACUGAAGAUGUUAGAGAUCUAGUAAAUUUACUUCUCAAUGAUAAGAAAGACGAAAAACGGCCCUCCACACCUGGUCCAACAGACUUGGUUGGAGACUCUGAUGGUGGUGGGAGUGAUAAAGAGCCCCGACGUUUGCCUCUUAACCUCGAAUCGAAUGGAACUGAGACUAGUGGAAGUCCGACAAUCAGUUUACCGCAAAGCCCACAAGUGUCUGCUAGCGGAUCACGCUUCAUACCAGAUUUUUCAUCCUUCGAAGCUGUAAUCCUUGAUAUUGCUCCAAAGGAAGUAGUAUUUUACGACAAAGAGGCGCAGACAAAAGAGACAUCUACUAACCCUCCAGCACCGUCGGAAGAUGAAAUACGCGAGAGGGUUGAGAAGGAACUUGCUGAAAGAGAAAAACAGCGACUAGCACAAAUCGAAGAGCAGAAAGCCAAGACGGAAGCCGAGAGAAGGAAGGCAGCGAAAGCCAGAGAUCUAAGCGAAGAACAAAGAAAGAAAAUCCUUGCUUCGGUUGAUUUUGUCGAAUUUGUCGAUCACUCCACUAGGCUCGUUGGACGAGUUCUUUCUGAUGAUUAUGAUUUCAUGAAAGAUUAUUCCAUUACUCAAGUUGAUGAUAAUGACGAAGAUUCAGGUAAUAGAGUAAAAUAUCUUUACUCAUUCUUUGAUGAACGGUGGGCGAAAUCGCGCGCUACACGGUCUGUGACCGACGUUAAUUGGUCUCACAAGUUCCCUGAGCUCUGUGUUGCAUCAUAUAAUAAAAAUCCGGUGACAUCAAGUGAACCGGAUGGAUUAGUACUCGUGUGGAAUAUGCAUUUGUUAGCAAGGCCGGAGUAUGUGUUCCAUGCACAGUCUGACGUCCUAACGACAACAUUCUCUCCGUUCCAUCCAAAUUACAUUAUCGGCGGUUGCUAUUCAGGACAGAUAGUCAUCUGGGAUAAUCGUGCGAAGUCCCAGCCCGUUCUCAAAACACCGCUCUCCGCAAAUGGUCAUACGCAUCCUAUAUACUCUAUGCAAAUGGUUGGAUCCCAGAAUGCUCAUAAUUUGAUUACGGCAUCUACUGAUGGUUUGGUGUGUGCAUGGCAAUUGGAUAUGCUCACUCAGCCACAAGAGUCAUUGGAAUUGGUGCAUCCAGGUCAUAGCAAGACGGAUGAAGUUUCUGUCACUGCGCUCGGGUUUCCAGAUGCCGAGACUACGGCAUUCUGGGUCGGAACGGAAGAAGGGAAUGUAUACCAAGCAAAUCGGUUUGACAGGGCUGGAAGCAAAGCUGGAAUAAACCAAUACGAUUAUUAUAAAGGCCACUGGGGACCGGUGACAGGCCUUGAAUUUCACCCUCUCGUAGGCAAAGUCAACUUCUCCGAUCUUUUCCUCACCUCUAGUGUGGACUGGACUGUCAAACUCUGGAGGGCCAAGUCAGCAUCCAGACCGUCUAGUCAAGUUCAAACUAUCACUCCUCUCUAUUCAUUCGAAGGUGCUGACGAUUACGUCUACGAUGUCAAAUGGUCGCCCAAUCACCCCGCUUUAUUCGCAAGCGUUGAUGGAACUGGCAGGUUUAGUCUGUGGAACUUGAAUAUGGACACCGAAGUGCCCGUUGUAGGGUUAAAUGUUGGAAGUGGGAAAGCACUAAAUAAGAUUCAGUGGGAUAAGGAAGGAAGAAAAGUUGCUAUUGGUUCAUCAGACGCGAAGGUUCAUGUUUAUGAUAUUGGAGAGCUCGGUCAAGCGCAUCCGGAUGAGUCGAAGAAUCUACAAAAGGUCAUUGCCGACAUGGCUGCUGUUAGUGAAAUAGAAAAUGCCAGAAAUGUUGCUGUGGGGAAGUGA